UAUCACUACUUAUCAGUCUCUCCAGUGGACUUCGGCAUCCAAUCCGUACUUGUCAUACCCUCCUUUCCUCGUAGGCUCGGCACUACCCCAGAAGAGCUGCGAAAGCUUGCCCAUAAUGGCUGGCGGAGAGUUCUACACAGUACUCAUGCAGCAGAGCCGCAAGGGCCUUGCCACGAGCAUCCACAACAUGAGGCCGAAGGAUCAGAGCAAAGCCAUUCGCACGUAUAGACAGAAAGAGGUAUGUCGCGCGUGUUAGCUGCGUCAAGGGUGCUCACCCUGACACGGCAGGUCCUUUUCACCGGUCAUGUCGAGGCGGGCAAGUCCGCCCUUCUGAGAGCUGUGGUAAAUCACAAAAGCCUCAUUACAUGCUCAUUACGCAGCAACGGCGAGGUAAUCAUGCUCAUGGGUGUCGGUAAAGGAAAGCCCCUCGGAAGCUUUCCCGCGAAGCUCAUCAUAGCCGACUCCGCUGGUUACGACGAAGACCAUGGUUCCUUAGUCAAACUCUGCAUGCAAAUACGCCCUCAGCUGCGAAGAGUCUUCCUCAUGGUAGACGCUGCCAAGGGUCUCCGCGAGCCCGACCAAUCCAUGUUACAGCAUAUCGCGAACAUCACGCAUCCCCGUUUCAGCGUUCAACCUGUCCUGACCAAAAUGGAUCUCAUCGAGCCAGAGAACCGAGACCAGGUCUCCCAGCGGAUACACGAAGCCAUUCAGGUAGUCCUGCCCAGGACCCCUCCGCCCAUCCUGACGUGUGUAAGGGCCGAAAAAAGGUUGGGGAUCGAGGAGAUGCGCCGUAGCAUCGCGGAGGCCUGUGAGAUGCCCGUGGAGGAAGCGUUUCAGUCUCGAAACCUGCCCAAACCCAAAUCCGCCGCACGGGGGGACGCGACGAAUAGAACACCCGUCUCAGGACGCCCUCAUGCAGCAUCACCUACACUAACUAGGAUGGCGCGCCUCGCCGCCGAAAGUGCUGCGGAUACAGCUCGCCGUCGACCAAGCAAACCAUCCUUCGGCCUCAAGAUGCACUAGAGCCUUCUAUGCCUUACAGCUCGACCUUCAUUUGGCUUCGCCCAGGAUCUACCGUCGACGAUGUCCGGGUCGUAUCGCGCCCAGGACUCUACCUCUGCGACCGCGAAUGGCGCGUCGAUGGACCUACGCGAUAUUGGAGGAGUCCUGACAACUUACGUGUAUGGAGAAGGUCGGGUAGUCGACUGUGGAUGUGUACAGGAGCGGAGUCAAACUCUCGACGUCUUGACAAUCCGUCGACACUCGACAGGUACGGUCGGCAACGUCCGACCUCCGUCAUAUGUCCAUCAGUCACGGAUUGUCAUGUAAUCAAACU